AUGGGAUCAUGCCAAGACUGUUUCUUACAUCGAGUAAUCGACGAAUGGCGAUGGUAUAAGUCAACAGUUCCCACAUACGGAGCUAUUCUCCUAGAUGAGUCACUAAAUCAUGUCUUGCUGGUGCAAGGAUUUUACGCAAGUAAGAACAGUUGGGGAUUCCCUAAAGGAAAGGUCAAUGAAGGGGAAGAACCGCGUUGUUGUGCUAUCCGUGAAGUUUUUGAAGAAACAGGAUUUAAUUUUGGUGAUCAUCGUCCUCACGGCGGUGAGAAGAAACUUCAAAAAUUUGUAAAUGAAACAAUGGUACGAUUGUAUAUUGUGCCCGACGUACCAACGGACUUCCCGUUUGCUCCACAGACGAGGAACGAAAUAAGGAAAAUUCAAUGGUUUAACGUUUGGGAUCUCCCGACAGACCGCAAUGAUCAGUUCCAUAGAUUAGGAAUUCUGUCUAAUCAUAACUUCUAUACGGUCAUGCCAUUUGUCCAAGACCUUCAGAAAUAUAUUGUAAGGGAACAGGAACGACGAGCUAUUGCGGUAAUUUCAUCUGUCUCUUAA